AUGGCUUUGUGCUUGUUGAUGGGGUGGCGGGGACGGCCGAGGCCACCGAAAAGCUCUGCCGCGAAUUGGGCCAAUAAGAGCCACGAGAGGACGGAUACGGAAGCAUUCCACGAGGAUACGGCGUACAGUUCCGAGGGAAUCGGUCCUCAUACUGAUGGCACGUAUUUUCACCAAACGCCCGGGAUCCAGGUAUUCCACUGCCUCCAACCAGCCCCAAUCGGAGGAGAAACGCUAUUGGUUGAUGCUUUUGCAGCCGCAGAUCACCUCAAAGCGAAUGACCCAGCUGCCUUCCAUACACUAACCACACAAUGUAUUGACCAUCAAUAUCUUGAGGGUAUGGGAAGCAAUGAUCGUCGACAAUUAAUCACCAGAGAUUUACCAGUGAUAGAGCUCGAUACAGAUGGAAACUAUCGCCAAAUACGAUUCAACCCGUAUGAUCGUGCGCCAUUCAAAUCCCUAUCGGGCAGUGAAGAAGACGCAGAAAAAGUGGUGGAAUUUUACAGGGCAUACGAAGCAUAUUCCCUUCUCACCCUCUCUCCCUCUCGCUCUCUCCGUAUCUCUCUCCAACCGGGUACCGUCAUAUUUAUCGACAAUUUCCGGUUGCUCCAUGCUAGGGCUGAAUUUCAGGGUGAUCGUACGAUGUGUGGUUGUUAUAUGUCUCGAGAUGAUAUACUGGCAAAAGGACGCCCAUUUAUUCUACCGGAAGAUUGGCGAAGAUUGUAU